AUGACAGAGACAGAACGUUCGGUGGUCCAGAGCCUAGAAGGGGGCUCGGAUGCAGUCUGUGUGGCUGUACACAUCCGUCCUCUCGUCGAAAGCGAGCUUGCUGAUGGCUGCCAAACCUGCCUCAGCGUGUGCCCUUUCUCCCUGCAGGUCGUCUGCAAGGAUGGGCCCACAUUCACCUACGAUUAUGUCUAUGGGGGAGGUGGAGCUUCUCCAGAUAGGCUGUACGAUCAGUGCGUGCAGCCGCUUGUUGUUGGCUUGUUCAAGGGCUACAACGCGUGUUGCUUUGCGUACGGCCAGACCGGCUCGGGCAAGACAUACACCAUGGGGAGCUCAGCAUUCACUGCCACAGGCAGCGCCCGGGGCGUCAUCCCUUGCGUCAUGGAGAGCAUCUUUGACCGCAUCGCUGCCACUGGCGACGCAGCCUUCACCGUCCGCGUCGGCUUUGUGGAAAUCUUCAACGAGGAGAUUCGGGACCUGCUGUCGCCUGAUCAGGCGGCAACUGCGGCAGCUUCCCCGUCAGUGCACAUCCGAGAGGUGGUGGGCGGGGGUGUCUGCCUGGCAGGAGCGCACGAGAAGGACGUCACCUCCAAGGAAGAGAUGGCAGCCAUCCUUGAACAGGGGUCUCGCUGCCGAGCCACAGCGUCCACGGGCAUGAAUCAGCGAUCUUCGCGCUCGCACGCAAUCUUCACAAUCACGGUCGAGCAGCGCCGGAUCGCGCCCAACAGAGCGCCUGAUCAGGCGGAGGGGGAUCACAGCGGCGAUGAUGAGGACGGCGCGCCCGAUGACUACCUCUGCGCCAAGAUGCACCUUGUCGACCUGGCAGGCAGCGAGCGGCAGAAGCGGACCAAGGCGGAGGGCGCGCGGCUGAAGGAGGGCAUAAACAUCAAUAUGGGGUUGCUUGCACUGGGCAACGUGGUCAACGCGCUCACUGAGAACAAGGCCCAUAUCCCCUACCGCGACUCAAAGCUCACCCGCAUGCUGCAGGACUCGCUCGGCGGCAACAGCAAGACGACGAUGAUCGCGUGCGUGAGCCCGGCCGACAUCAACUUGGAGGAGAGCACGCAGACGCUGCGCUAUGCCAACCGCGCCCGUAACAUCCGCAACAAGCCCGUAGUCAACCGCGACCCCAUAGCUGCGCAGAUCAGUCACCUGCGCCAGCAGCUCGCCACUGCGCGCGCCGAAAACACCCGGCUCAGACGCAGGUGCCCACCGCUUGCUCCAUAUCCUCCUGCCUUGAAUUCUUACGCGGUAUGCAGCGGAGACGGGCUUACUUAG